CUACUCCUCCGUCCGUCGACGACUCCGCAUCUCGUCCAGGGAUCUCGUCUUUUCUUCCAUCGUUAAUCUCUCACCGCAUAGCUGGGAAAUUCGUUUCAUUCCACAGUCAGCUAAUUGGAAUUUUCUCCACUUGCCCUUUUUACCCCCCCCGGGGGGUCGUUUUCCUCCCCCUCCCUCUGUAUUUCAAUAUUUUGUUCUUUUCGCUCUUUACUACAGCUCUUUUCGGCCUUCAAUUUCCUCGCCAGGACAAAUUUCUGAAUAGAUUACAUAUUACAAGAAGAGUCUCCAUCUGAGGGUCGUUCUUAGCUGGUGGUUCUUCGGCUUCAGUUUCUUUCACUUUGUUCAGUAGUAGAGAAUGGCUGGCCAUCAUGCGAAAUAUGACGAUAUGGUAGAGUCUUCUGGAUUAACGAUGGAGAACCAUGGGAGAUGUUCUGCUAGGGCGGGGAAGGGGAAAAGAUUGUGGAAGAAGGUGAAGUACCAACUGGUUGAGUACCACUGCUUGCCGGGUUACUUGAGAGACAAUGAAUACAUUCUAGGUCAUUACCGAUCAGAAUGGCCCUUGAAGCAGGCGUUGCUCAGUGUCUUUAGCAUUCAUAAUGAAACACUGAAUGUUUGGACGCAUUUGAUUGGAUUCUUCCUAUUUCUGGCAUUGACCAUAUACACUGCCAUGAAAGUUCCGAAGGUAGUUGAUCUUCAUUCUCUUCAGCAUUUUCAUGGCAUUGUGAAGAAGGCUGAUCUGCACAAAUUGCAAGAAGAACUUCUGAAAUGCCUUCCUUCAUUGCCCUCAAUGGAUAUGCUUACAUCACUUUCAAGUUGGCAUGUAAAGGAACUUCUGUAUAACUGUUUGCCAGAACGAUUUUCCAGUGGUAAUCAUACUGAUGGUUGUGUUCUGCAUAGUGUGAAGGAGGACCUAGCUAACAUAAUUGCACCGUUGAUGAUGAGACCAAUUACAAGGUGGCCAUUUUUUGCAUUUUUAGGGGGUGCCAUGUUUUGCUUGCUGGCUAGCAGUGUAUGCCACCUCCUCUCUUGUCACUCAGAGCGCAUGGCAUACAUCAUGCUAAGGCUCGACUAUGCUGGAAUUGCAGCUCUGAUAUCCACCUCCUUCUACCCUCCAGUGUAUUACUCUUUUAUGUGCAAUCCCUUACUCUGCAACCUCUACUUACUAUCCAUAACACUGCUGGGUAUCUCCACCAUCUUGUUUUCUCUCCUUCCGGUCUUCCAGAACCCAGAAUUCCGCACAAUACGGGCAUCCCUCUUCUUCGGCAUGGGUCUCUCGGGUGUCGCACCUAUUCUCCACAAGCUUUAUUUGUUCUGGGGUGAACCUGAGGUGUUCCGCACAACAGGGUAUGAGAUUUUGAUGGGCGCUCUCUAUGGGAUUGGAGCGCUAGUUUAUGCUACUAGGAUCCCAGAACGUUGGAAACCUGGGAAAUUUGACAUUGCUGGGCAUAGCCACCAAUUAUUUCAUAUAUUAGUGGUAGCUGGUGCAUACACUCACUAUCGUGCGGGAUUGGUUUAUCUCAGGUGGCGUGACCUUCGUGGUUGUUGAUUCAGUGAGCUUCUAUGCACAUGACGAUGUUAGGGUUUAGCUUAUAGGUACAAUUUGGUCAAUAACAAUGGAGAGUUUACGUCUUCGAAAGAUGUAAAUUUAUGAUAUAGUCGUGCUCCUGGUAGGAGGGGUUUAUGCAUCUGGCCGGGCAUAUUCUGUGUAUGCAUAUUGUAUUCGCAUGAACAAGUCAGUAAUGGAAAUUUACAGUAUGGAUGUUACUCUCUAA